AUAUAUUCCUCUGCAUUCCCCAUUUAACCCUUUUGAUAUAAACUGAAGCCGCAACUCUUGCGCUUCGUCUCCGCCGUCACACUCGUCGGAAAACCAUCGCCGGCGUCUCAUUAAAAACAGAGUCCCUAACCCGCGGACCCGCGAACUUGUUUAGUUGCAGUGAGUUUGAGUGAGCUAAAAGGAACACUUCUGUCUUCAUAAAAGGGGAUAAUCGUGAUUUUCAUUCAUCGGUUUAGUUUUACGACGUCGUUAUGGGACUCAAGGUUCUGCAAUUGUCGCAACCUGUUCUUUCUCAUUCUCCUUCUUCCUCGCAGACUCUUGCUUCUGCCAUCUCUUCCCCUUCCUCCAAGCCCCGAACCCUAGUUUGCAGCUUCGUUCACCGCUCCAACCUCUUCCCUUCGUCCACGCGCCUUCUUCCAAAGACGAAGUCGUUCGAUAACCACGCGCUUUUCACGCGCAGGGGGAAGUUGCGGAGAGCGUGCAGCGCAAGCUUGGAGCCUUUCUCCGACGAAGAGUUCGCGAAGAAGAUUGAGGAUCUCGCCCUCAAGUUUCAACUCUCUUGUGACGCCGCCAAUGCCAACGAUUCGGAAUCUGAGGAUUUUCAAGAGAUUUCUCCGGCGCUGAAUUUCGCAGAGGAGUUUGAACCGCCGGAGGAAAUUAUUCCAGCGAAUAUUGAACGGAAAGCGAACAGCGUGGAGCUUCCGUUUUCGUUGAGGAUAAUUAAGAAGAAGCUGCAGUGGAAGGAAGGGUUUAGAGACGCAGGGGAAUCUGCUUAUUGCUCUGUCAAGAAAGCUUUCUCUUCUAUGGUUUUUAUAAUCAGAGAACUCCAUAGUUACACUCUUCAAAUGAGGGAGGUUCUCUUCUACGAGGAUCUGCAAGGAAUCCUCCAACGCGUGCAGAACGAAAUGCACGCCUCCUUCGUGUGGUUGUUUCAACAAGUUUUCUCUCACACUCCGACUCUCAUGGUGUAUGUAAUGAUUUUACUUGCAAAUUUUACUGUUUACUCAAUGGGCCACAACACUGCGAUCGCCUCCGUGUCUCCGCCACCGGUAACCACCGUCGUGGAGGUUCAGGACCAAAGGGGUCACACUCAUACCAUUGAUUCCUCUGCCGUGAAGACCUUCUCUAUUUCCAACGGGAAGAACACCGCCUCCGUAGGUGGCGGUAAUGGAGGAGGCGGGAGGGUGCGUCCUGCUGCAAAUGGCACCGACGGGGAUGGCCGGUUCGACCGGUCGGACCGGUAUGGCACGGUGUUCCCCGAGGGUGCUUCGUCUCAGGUUUGCAAAACAGGGGAAACAGAGUCGGUGUUGGGGCAAGAGGAGGAAGAGGCGAAACUUUGGAACGCUAUGGUGGAAGAGGCUUCGAGAAUGGAAGUGAGUUCGAGAGGUGAGGGUUUGGAUCGUGAUGCCAUGAAAGGAUUUGUUUCGCCUGUGAUGGCGAGGAUCGAAUCUGAUGACUAUGCAGAGUAUCUGAGAACAGAGCUUGUGUACCAAACAGGCUUGUCUCAGGAUCCUAACAACACUCUUCUUCUUUCCAACUAUGCCCAGUUCCUCUACCUCGUUGCUCACGAUUAUGACAGAGCGGAAGAGUACUUCAAGAAAGCAAUAGAGGUGGAACCACCAGACGCGGAGGCAUAUAAUAAAUACGCCACCUUUCUGUGGAAAGUGAAGAAUGAUUUGUGGGCAGCAGAAGAAACUUAUUUGGAGGCCAUUUCAGCUGAUCCUAAUAACUCCUUCUAUGCUGCUAACUAUGCUCAUUUUCUUUGGAACACCGGUGGUGAAGACACCUGCUUCCCUCUUUCUUCCCCAGACAACUCUCAAGAAGUUUAAUCAACAAAAACAAAACCAAAUUGCAGAAAAAAUAUAGAGAAGAAAGAAAAACAAAAACAAGAAAUUUUUGUAGCUUAUAUCCCCUUUUUUUUUCUGUUACAUUUUUUCAUUGGAGUGGAUGAGAUGAAGAGCCACCAAAGAAAUGGAAUAUAAUCCUGUGAUCAUUGUAUAACUUUGUAAUUAUUAUAAUAAUAAGUGUACAUAAGUCUUGCAAUAACCCCUUCUUUAGUAUAUUGAACAUCUGCAUAUUAAUCUU